UAUUAUGAAAAGUCCCGGAAGUGCUGUUUUGAUUGCGUCAUAAAGAAGCGCCGCUGCUGGUGUUGUUUUGAUGUUCGGCGGAAGACGCUAACUUCGGGUUUUAAUAACAUUUUGGUCGUUACGCUGGGGGUCAAAGAUGGGGAAAUCUUUUGCUAAUUUCAUGUGCAAGAAAGAUUUUCAUCCUGCUUCAAAGUCCAACAUAAAGAAGGUAUGGAUCGCAGAGCAAAAGUUAACCUUCGAGAAGAAGCAGCAGGAAGAGCUGAUGCAGGCUUACCUGAAGGAGCAGGACACGUACAACAACAGACUGCUGAUGGGAGAUGAUCGUGUGAAAAAUGGCCUUAAUUUCAUGUAUGAAGCACCUCCUGGAGCAUCUAAAGAGGAGGCUAAAGAGGGAGGAGAGUCUGAGUACAAGUUUGAGUGGCAGAAAGUAGCUCCUCGUGAAAAGUAUGCAAAGGAUGACAUGAAUAUUCGAGAUCAGCCUUUUGGCAUUCAGGUGCGUAAUGUGCGCUGCAUUAAGUGUCAUAAAUGGGGUCACGUGAACACGGAUCGUGAGUGUCCUCUCUUUGGUCUGUCGGGGAUCAACGCCAGCUCUAUGGCCAGUGAUGAAGCAGGUCCGUCAAUGCACCCCUCCGAGUUAAUGGCAGAGAUGCGAAACAGUGGCUUUGCGCUGAAGAAAUGUGUCCUUGGGAGGGACACGACCAUGAGUGAUCCAGCACAGGAGUUUGUGGCUAGCGAGGAAGAAGACGACCCUGAGGUGGAGUUUCUGAAAUCUCUGUCUACCAAACAGAAACAGAAACUGCUUAGAAAACUUGACCGUCUUGAAAAGAAAAAGGAGAAGAAGAAGAAGAGCAAAAAGGAGAAAAAGAAGAGCAAAAAGAAGCAGAAAAAGAAGCAAGCCAAGAGUGAGAGUUCAUCCAGCAGCUCAUCAGACAGCAGUGACAGCAGCAGCGACUCUGACGAUGACAAACACUCCGGAAAGAAAGCCAAGAAGAAGAGGAAGAGAAGGAGGGACUCGUCCAGCGACAGCAGCUCUGACAGGGAGCAGGGGAAAGAACGCGCCCACAGUCUGGACUCCAAACACACACAUCCCAAACACAGUAGAGGAGAGGCAGAGAGCAAGGACAGCAGAGAGAGAUGGAGGGAGGACAAAGAGAGAGGUAAAGAUAAACACAGGAGCAGGAGUAGGGAGAGGAGGAGAGAAAGAAGCAGGAGCAGAAGCCCUCAGCGAAGGAGAGAUGAGAAAGAGAGAGGUAAGGAGAGGCGCAGGAGCACGAGCAGGGAGAAAAGAGACCGGAGUAGAGAACGGAGGGAAAGAAGCAGAAGUCGGGAACGAGAGAGAAACUGUGAUAGAAAUGUCAAAAGGAGGAGUGUCAGUCGGGAACGAGGGAGGGGCUCAGAAAAACACGGCAGAAGUGAUGGCAGAGAUGCCGAGAGGAAGAAAUGAGUAGUCAAUCUGACACCAUCGUUACUUUGUCUUUAAUCUCAGAUUAAAGGAUUCAUUCAAAGGAAGCUUCUUACAUCAUUUACUCCCCCUCGUAUCAUUCCAAACCCUGACCGUUUUUAAAUACCCUAGCCGCUCUUUUUUUUGUAUAUUAAAACUUAAUAGCUCCAAAAUGACAAAGCAGCACCUUUAAAGGGAUAGUUCACCGAAAAAUGAAAAGUUUGUCAUCAUUUACUCACCCUCAUGUUGUUCCAAACCCAUAUGAGUUUCUUUCUUCUGUUGAACACAAAAGAAGAUAUUUUGAAGAAAGUUUGUAAUCAAACAGUUGACAGUAGCCAUUGACUUCCAUAGUAG